GAAAACAAGCUCGAACACAGACACAAUCAGAGGUGGAGGAGCGGGGACACUGGGCAAGCAAGGUUGAGUUUCUACUGGCUGUGGCUGGAAAUGUGGUUGGGCUUGGCAAUGUGUGGAGAUUUCCCUACCUCUGCUACAAAAAUGGAGGCGGAGCAUUCUUGAUUCCAUAUCUGGUACUUGUGGUGACGUGUGGUGUACCUCUGUUCCUGCUGGAGACAACCAUGGGCCAGUACACCCAGGAGGGGGGCAUCACCUGCUGGAGGAAGUUGUGCCCACUGGCAGAAGGUAUUGGUUAUGGUGGACAGCUGAUCCUCCUGUACAGCUGCAUGACCUACAUCAUCAUUCUGUCCUGGGCUUUGCUUUACCUUGUGUUCUCCUUCAGCUCCCAGCUCCCAUGGGCCAACUGCAAUAACUACUGGAACACUGAUGACUGUGUAGACUUUUCAGCUAAAAAUUACACCUUCCACUGGACCAACAGAACAAACUCAGCUUCUGCAGCCACAGAAUUCUGGCAACGACGAGUGCUUUCCAUCUCAGGGGGCAUUGAGGAGGUUGGCAGCAUCAGGUGGGAGGUGCUGUUGUGUCUAAUUGUAAUGUGGAUAAUCUGCUACUUCUGCAUCUGGAAAGGAGUUAAAUCCACAGGAAAGGUGGUGUAUUUCACUGCCACCUUCCCCUAUGUGAUGUUGUUAAUUCUUUUGAUCCGUGGGCUCUCUCUUCCUGGUGCUCUUCAAGGAGUAGUGUUUUAUCUUCUGCCUGAUCCAUCACGACUCAUGGAUCCUCAGGUCUGGAUGGAGGCAGGAGCUCAAAUCUUUUUCUCGUACAGUGUCGGUGUGGGCUGCCUAACAGUGCUUGGCAGCUACAACAAACAAAACAACAACUGCUACAAAGACUGCCUAUAUCUGUCUUUGCUGAACAGUGGUACCAGUAUUGUUGCUGGUUUUGCGGUCUUCUCCGUGCUGGGAUUCAUGGCUCAUGAGCAAAGUGUUCCCAUUGCAGAAGUGGCAGAAUCAGGUCCAGGCUUGGCCUUCAUUGCAUACCCUCAGGCUGUAGCCAUGAUGCCUCUGCCCCAACUGUGGUCCAUCUGCUUCUUUGUCAUGCUCAUUCUCUUGGGUCUAGAUACACAAUUUGUCGCCAUGGAGGUGGUGGUGACAUCUAUCAUAGAUAUGUUUCCAAGAGUUAUGCGGAAAGCAGGUCGACGGGAGCGUUUCCUCCUCCUCUUCUGCCUAACAUGCUUCUUCUCUCAGCUUGUCAUGGUCACUGAAGGAGGGAUGUACGUGUUUCAGAUGUUCGACUACUAUGCUUGUAAUGGAGCCUGCAUCCUCUUUCUCUGUGUGUUUGAAACUCUGGCACUUGGAUGGGUAUUUGGGGCCGAGCGGUUGUGUGGCAUCAUAAAGGACAUGACAGGGGAGCGUGUCAACCCAUUCUUCAAAAUCUGUUGGCUUUACCUCACUCCACUGGUCUCGCUGGGGUCUUUUAUAUGUUCUUUAGUAGAGUACCAGCCUCUGACCUUUAAUCGCUGGUAUGUAUACCCAUCCUGGGCAUACGUGUUGGGCUGGGUGCUGGCCCUCUCCUCCAUCCUCCUUGUGCCAGGAUGGACAUUAUAUAAACUGAGUACUGGGACUGGAACCCUCAGACAGCGCUUCAAUGACCUGUGCCAGUCUGUCCUUGACAACUCACUGACCCAAAAGAGGGAAACGGAGCUGCAGAACAUGAGAGCAGAAGUGCUGCAGCCGUUGACUCUCCACUAAAGGGAAAGAUCGUCUGAACUGGAAGUCUUUGCCAACUACUUUAUAUGUCACAAAAGAAAAACUGAUACUGACUGAACAACUAAAUUCCACUUUUAUAACCUGUUAUAAUCCAAAAACGUGUCUUUACUUUAGCUCUAUCAUAUUGGGUGGAUGUAGAGCACAUAUGGUUGUUUAGGAUGCUUCUUCCUGUCAGUGUCACGUGUCAGUGUCCCGUGUUGCCAUGAAAAUUACCAGCAUAAAUAAACCUCAAACCUGUACUUUAGAUGCUUCCUUGGCAUUUUUCCAGACACACACAAAAAGCAACUACUAAA